AAAAAAAUGAUAGUUGUAAAUUAGCAUUACUGCUUUACACUCCUAAGGAACUAAGUAAAAAACACUGAGUAGUCCAACAUGAACGCAAUGAUUCUUCUUGUUGCUAUUGGAUGCAUUGCGAGCACCUACGCAGGAUUCAUCGCACCCGCACCUCUCGCUUUACCACCCCCGCCACCAGUGGCAUACGCAGCUACUCCGGCUCUUGCUCUGCCACCCCCACCUCCAGUAGCUUAUGCAGCUGCGCCAGCUCUUGCUCUGCCACCCCCACCUCCAGUAGCUUAUGCGGCUGCUCCAGCUCUUGCACUUCCGCCACCACCCCCCGUAGCAUACGCUGCUGCACCCGCUCUUGCCCUUCCACCGCCAGUAGCUGUUGCUGCUCCACCAGCUGCAGUUGUUGCUAGAUCAUCAACCAUUGUACACCCAGCUCCUCUUCCUUUGAAAGUCUGGUAGAUUGUUUUUAUAAUGUUUAAAUCAGUUUAUGUAAUAAAUUUCACUGGUGAACUUGUUCAGAUUUUUUUUUAAAUACGUAUGUAAAUAAACAAAAAACAAUGUAAAAUGUGCCUAUAUUUCUUUCAUCUGAAGAAGCUAAAUAAGGAAAUAA